AUGAGAGAAGAAGCUGCCCGUAAUGCUCAUGCUAUGGGAAUUCCUCAAGUUCCUAGAGUUCAAAAUCCCAUACUUCCGGAUCCUCAUAUUAAAGUGCAAGUACCUGCUAUGAGGGCAAGGAGAAAUUUGGUCCAAGUUGAUGAAAAUGUUGAGGUCCAUGACUUAGAACAAGCCGAAGACGAGUUUGAUCAGCAAUAUGUUCGGAGAGCCCAAGAACAAAGGGGCCAAAGGAGAUAUAGAGGAAGAGGAGCAUAUGUUGGGAGAAAUCUUGAGCAUGACUAUGGCAACCAUGAUGAUUAUCCGGAUCUGGUCCGAGGGAAUCAAGGUAGAAGGGAUACUAAUCUUAACAAUGUCAAGAUCACUAUUCCACCAUUUAAAGGAACUAGUGAUCCGGACAAGUACAUUGAUUGGAAGAUUCAGAUUGAGAGAAUAUUUGACACAAAUGAACUUUUAGAGGAGCGGAAAGCGGUUUAUACCAUUGCCUCUUUUGAAGGCUAUUCUUCUACAUGGUGGGAAUCAGAAAAGCGAGUUCAGAGAAGACAUGGUUUACCGGAACAUCUUACUUGGGGACAAUUGAAACAUGUCAUGGAUGCUAGGUAUGUCACUGCCAAGCAUCGUCAAGAGAAACUCCGAAGGCUCUAUGAAUUGAAGCAGGGUUCUAAGACCGUAGAAGAGUUCUAUGAUGAGUUUGAGAAAGCAAUAAUGGCUCUUGAUCUUGAAGAAGACGAGGAGCAGCUUAUCAUCCGAUUCAAAGUUGGGUUAAACCGAGAAAUCUCAUCUCAAUUGAGGUUACUCACUUACUAUACUCUUGAUGAGGUGUUCCAAGUGGCUAUAGAGGCAAAAAAAAGGGUCAAGGAGGACAAGACAUUCCGAUCGAGAGGAAGUGCUAAUACUACUCCGUUGAGUAGGGAACAAGAAAGUGAACCAGAAGAUGGCAAUGAAAAAGAACUUGAUCAUGAUCUUGAGAAGCCGGAAGGAGAAGAGGAGGAUGAUCGGCCCGAAAUGUUUCUUGUGGUGCGGAGAAACUUAAGCACUAUAAGCUUGGAGAAUGAAGAAGAUGUGCAAAGGGAGAAUCUUUUUCAUGCUAGGUGUAGGGUAAAGGGGAAGGUUUGUUCAUUGAUUGUGGAUGGAGGAAGUUGUGCUAAUAUUGCUACCCAAACUUUAGUUGAUCAAUUGAAACUGCCUACAUUGAAACAUUCCCGACCUUACUGGUUACAAUGGCUCAAUGAGCGUGGUGAAUUGCGGGUUACAAAGCAGGCUUUGGUUAAGUUCAAGAUAGGAGCUUACCAAGAUGAGGUAAAAUGUGAUGUCGUACCAAUGCAAACAUGCCAUUUACUUUUGGGAAGGCCAUGGCAAUAUGACAGAGCUGCGAUUCAUGAUGGCCGAGCCAACAUAUAUGCGGUUCAAAGUGAAGGUAAGAGUCUCAUACUCAAGCCUUUGUCACCAAAGCAAGUGAUAGAAGAUUAUUGUCAGAUGAAGGAGUUAAAGGAACAGGCUAAAAGUAAGGCUAGUGUUGUGGUCAAUCCUCAAUCCACAUCACCACUGCCAGGUAAUGAAAAGGAUUUUGUGGAUGUAUUUCCCGAGGAGAUGCCAAGCGGACUGCCUCCCUUAAUAGGAAUUGAGCAUCAAAUAGAUUUUAUGCCCGGAUCCCAAAUUCCGAACAAACCAGCCUAUAGGUGUAAUCCAGAAGACACCAAGGAACUCCAAAGGCAGGUUGAUGAGCUUUUAAGCAAGGGUUGGUCCGGCUACCAUCAAAUCGGAAUGAAACCGGGUACUGAAUGGAAGACUGCAUUCAAGACCAUGUUUGGUCUCUAUGAAUGGUUUGUUGUGGUUUAUUUUGAUGACAUUCUUGUGUAUAGUAAAACUGUGGAUGAACAUGUUAAUUACUUAUGUUUUGUUAUAAGUGCUAGUGGAGUUGAGGUCGAUGAGUCAAAAGUAGAAGCUAUUAGGGAUUGGCCUACCCCAUCUAGUGUUACUCAAGUAAGAAGUUUUCAUGGGUUGGCUAGUUUUUAUAGGAGGUUUGUGAAAGACUUUAGCACCAUAGCAGCGCCUUUGACUGAGUUGAUAAAGAAAGAACAAUCGUUUGUUUGGGAAGAGUCCCAAAAGAGAGCAUUUAAGGAGUUGAAACAUAGGCUUAGUUCUGCCCUAUUAUUACAACUACCCGGCUUUAGUAAGACCUUUGAGAUUGAGUGUGAUGCUUCAGGGGUCAGGAUAGGUGGAGUACUAAUGCAGGAGGGGAAGCCUAUAGCUUAUUUCAGUGAGAAACUUAAGGGGCAGUACUUUGAACUAUUCGACAUAUGA